ACUUCCAGUUGGAAGUUGUCAAAAUGGCUUAAUUCUCAAUAUCCUUGACGGCUGCUUGCUUAGCACAAAAUAUUAUUUGCUUAAGAGAAAAAUAGUUACUCGUUCGGUGCUUGCUUUGCGGUUUGCACGAGGUAGGAAUCCUAACUCAUAAGUUCUCGCACGAAACCACCAGCCCGCAAAUCGAAGACGAACAGAAUGCUUUUCCGUUCAUUUCUAGUUCACAAAUCAAUCUUUCACUCUCUUCAAGCUCAUUCAAGACGCACUGUCCAUCCCUCAAUUUCUCAUCUUCUUCACUGCUCUACUUUACCAUCUUCUUCACAGUCAACCCAACAUCCGCCUCAUACUCAUUACAAACUGAACCAUAAAGACUGGUUGUCUCCAAAUGAAGUUUUAAAAAUUUUCGAAGACAUUAAAGACCCAGAUUCAGUUAUCUCUAUCUGGAAUCAAUACUCAAAGAGAAAAGACUAUAAACCCAAUGAAGCUAUUUUCACUGUUGUUAUAAACCAGCUUGCCUGUGCCAAAAACUUUGAUGCCAUUGAAGAAAUUAUGGAAAGAAUCAAAUUUGAAAAGUCAUGUCGUUUGUCAAACGAUUUCUUUUACAAUGUAAUCAAGAUUUAUGGCCAUUUAGCUGGUCUUGGCUGGUCGAAUCAAAGGAAAUCAAAUAGAAACCUCCUUUAGAUAUGCCAAAGGGAUAAUUGUUGGCCAAAUGUCUCGAAAACUUUUAAUCUUGUGUUGAAUAUGCUAGUAUCUGCAAAGCAUAAUUUAUGUAGUUCAUGAGAUUAUAAAUGUGAAAGCUCCCAUGUUGGGUUAGAAAUUGAAUCUUGUUGUCUUAUAUAUUUCCUCAUUCAAAGGGUUUUAUGUGAAAAUGGGGAUUUACAGUUUGCAUUCGAUGUGCUCGACGAAUUUCCCAAACAAUGCAGGCCUAAUGUUGAGAAUUCCUCAAACGCUGAUGCACAUCACUCUCUGUGCAAAAGGGGAGGUGAAGUAAGGCAUUUGGUUUGUCUUGAGAGAAUGGAAAAUGAGGGUUUGAUUGCGGAUACAAUCACUUUCAAUAUUUUGAUUUCAGGGUUAAGGAAACAAGGAAGGAUUGAAGAUGGGAUGGAGCUGCUGCAGAAAAUGAAGCUCAAGGGAUGCGAACCAAAUGCAGGGUCUUAUCAAGAAGUUCUAUAUGGUUUGCUUGAUGCCGGGAAGUUUCUGGAGGCAAAAGAAUUCAUGGCUAUGAUGAUUUGUGAGGCUAAUAGUCCUAGUUUUGCAUCUUACAAGAUGGAGGUUGAGUUGGUUUUGAAGCAAAUGGUAAAACAAGGUUUUGUUCCAAAAAUGGGGAUGUGGAGAGAGAUUCUAAGAAGUUUAUUUUCAAAGGACUGCGCUUCUAAUCUCUGUAUUAGUGAGAUUGUCAAUGGCUAGCAUCACUGAACCUUUUGUGUUGAAUUUAUGCUUACCA